AAAUCGUGAACAAUGAUGCCUCCUCAAACGCUUGUUCCGUGGCUAUGGCUAUUGCUUCUGGGUAUGGUUGUGUUUGCGUGCACAACAACUCCAGCACGCGCCAUGGUGGAGUCGGAGCGUGAAGGAGGAAGCCGUCACAGAGAUUUUGAUUAUUUUGCUUUGUCGUUGCAAUGGCCUGGCACUUACUGUCAACGCUCCCGCCAUUGCUGUCCCUCUAAUGCUUGCUGCAGAGGCUCCAACUCUCCAACAAUAUUCACCAUACAUGGGCUCUGGCCUGACUAUAAUGAUGGAACCUGGCCAGCCUGUUGCUCUAAAUCUAGAUUCGAUCCAAAAGAGAUAUCGACUUUGACUGAUGCUUUAGAGCAAUAUUGGCCAUCAUUGAGCUGUAGCUCACCAUCAACAUGCAGCGGUGGAAAAGGUUCAUUUUGGGGUCAUGAGUGGGAGAAGCAUGGAACAUGCUCAUAUCCUGUGAUUAAAAAUGAAUAUGAUUAUUUCCUGACAACGCUGAAUGUCUAUUUCAAAUACAAUGUUACAAGAGUUCUAAAUGAUGCUGGAUAUGUUCCGUCUAAUACAGAAAAGUAUCCCCUUGGAGGCAUUAUUUCUGCCAUUGAGAAUGCUUUCCAUACAUCUCCUUUAAUAGUUUGCUCCAAAGGUUCUAUAGAGGAACUUCGCCUAUGCUUCUAUAAGGACUUCAAGCCACGAGAUUGUGCUGUUGGAUCCAACAUUGAAAUUGACAUGGUUACUUCAAAAGGAUCAUGUCCCAAAUAUGUUAGCUUGCCAGAAACUGUAUCCUUAGGGAAUGAUGAGCUUCAGAGUUGGGUGUCCGAUGAAGAUGAUGCAGCUCUUUAAGGUUAAGGUUACGCUAGAGUGCUUCUAUAUGUAAAUUUCUGUACCUUGCGAAGGAACAAAGCCACAUGCAUAAAUUUGUUCUGAUGUUGUACCAUUUACCAAUUUAGAGACAAUAGAAUAAAGUGAAGAGCUGGACAUUUGGGUUGAGAUCUAGCACAGCUAAACUUAGCCGGAAAAAUGAAGAGAUGGCUGAAUGUAUUAUUUAGGAUCAUAGGAUCUAUCUCCAGCCUGCUGCCAUGUAUUUGGAGGCCGGGUUUUAUCCGUUUCUUUAUUAUUGUAAGAAUGUACAAUUAUAACUGUACAAUUAAAUAUGUUGUUGUAUAAUAAG